UACUGCUCGCGCACCCGUCAUGGACGACCGCGCCUCCGUCCGCCGGAUCGCCGCCGCGGCGGCGCUGCACCUCCUCGCCGCGCUCCACGGCGCCGGGCCCUGCACUGCCGCGGCCCGGCCGCUGCUGGUGGGGCGGCUGCCCGCGGCGGCGGCGACGUCCGCGCUGGCGCUGGCGCCGGCUGCCGCCCACCACCAGCGGCGCGCGGCCGCCGCGGAGGGCAAGUGGCUGCCGUUCGCGGGCGCGCACCACCUGCCGCCGGCGUACUGGGCGCACAAGCCGGUGCCGAGCUGGGUCGGGCUCGGGGCGGGAGCCGGAGCCGGCGAGCUGGGCGGCGGCGCUGCUGCUGCCGAGGGGGAGGAGGAGGAGGAGGCCGUGCGCGACGGGGAGCGGCGUCGUCGUCGCCAGCGGCCGUCGUACGCGGGCGACGGGGCGUCCACCCGGCAGGAGCAGCUCGCCAUGUGGGCGUCGCUGCUCAACCCCAAGCGGAGUGGGGCCUCGGCCGCGGGGUGGCUGCCGGGGGCGGGGAUCGGCGAGGCGGCCGACGACGAGCCGGCCAAGCAGGCGUCAGAUACCGCUGUCGUCGAAGGGGCGGAGGGGGAUGACCCGUCGUCGGCCGGUCAGAGCUACUGGGGGAACAACGGCAACUGAUGAAGACGACGACGCUGGCUGGCAGCUGGCUUGGCACGCUGCUGCUUCGGUAGACGGGCGACGGGGCCAAAUAUUUCUUGGCCUGCUAGUUUUCAUCAUUUUAUAAAUAAGGUACAAUGUCAAUAGUAUGAUUUUGCAACAGAAAUUCCAAAAAUUCCAGUGCAGUUGGUAACUGUAGAAUUAUCUUUUCUGGAGCCCCCCUGCACUUGAACAAACUAUAGUGUGAAAAUGUUGGCC